GUUGAAGGAAGUGGCGGCGGGACUCGGUUGAGGUGCCGGGAAAGCAAUGCUGCUGUGUGAGUUCGGGCUUGUCUUCCUACUGUUGAGCCUGUGCAACAUCUUGCACUGGGGGCAAGGAAGUGAGGACGAUGGUGAAUAUGUAACCUGCGGUUCUGUGGUAAAACUGCUGAACACUCGGCACAACGUGCGGCUGCAUUCGCAUGACGUCAAGUACGGCUCGGGUAGCGGUCAGCAGUCUGUCACUGGUGUGGAAGCCUCAGAUGAUGCCAACAGCUACUGGAGAAUAAAGGGCAAGACAGAUGCAGACUGCUCACGUGGGGAGCCCAUCAAGUGUGGCCAAGCUGUCCGGCUUACCCAUGUGAACACUGGAAAGAACUUGCACACACAUCACUUUUCUUCCCCCCUCUCUAACAACCAGGAAAUAAGUGCUUUUGGGGAUAAUGGAGAAGGCGAUGAUCUGGAUGCAUGGACAGUGCAAUGCAGUGACGCACACUGGGAAAGGGAUGAUGCUGUUCGGUUCAAGCACAUUGGCACAAAUGUCUACUUAACAAUUACUGGGGAACAAUUUGGACACCCAAUUCGAGGACAGAGAGAAGUCCAUGGUAUAACUAAUCCAAAUGCUCAUAACUUCUGGAAGGUAAUGGAGGGAGUGUUUCUCAGACAAAGCUUCCCACCAGGUGUGGGUAAGCAUGACGAAUUAUGAAGAACAGUAAAAUCAGUGAAGCUCCUCUUACCUACUGGGGCUUCAUGUGCUCAUGAGAGCUGACGUACUUGAACACAGUAAACUCGGUAGUAAAAAAUAAGCACAGAUCUGCCUUUAUGAAUGAGACUUUCAGCGGUUCUAAACCAAUUCUAUGUCACUUUUCUGUACUGGGAUUUCUUAAAAGGGAUACAGUUUGGUUUUUGUUGUGUGUGUGUGGGGGGGGUUUUUAGAUCUAUAUUUUUAAACCAUUUUUUUGUUCUGUUUCUUUUGAACUCGAGCUAAACUGUAAUUUUUCAGAAUAAAUCUAUUAGGGGGAAGGGCAUAACAAUUACAUUUUGAAUGCA